AAUCAGAGGCGCCGCUCUGCUUUCCUGCAGCGCGAGCGACAGAAGUUCAACCUGGACGUCUCCACGAAGAAAAACUGAAUCUGCUCUGAAUUCAAACUGACAAUGAUCAUCCACUUCCGCUGACAUAUCUGAUAGCCAACAAGUUGUCACUGACGGAAACGUUUCCGAGAAAUGACAAUGUUGGGCAUGUACGUGCCAGACAGAUUUUCCCUGAAAUCGUCAAAGGUCCAGGAUGGAAUCGGUCUGUACACGGCGAGGCGAGUGAAAAAGGGAGAAAAGUUUGGCCCCUUCGCAGGUGAGAAAAAGCUGCCCAACGAGCUGGAUGAGAGCUCGGACACCAGGCUCAUGUGGGAGGUCCGUGGCAGUAAAGGAGAUGUGCUGUAUAUUCUGGAUGCUAGUAACCCGCGCUAUGCCAACUGGCUGCGGUUUGUCCAUCAGGCGCCUUCACAGGAGCAGAAGAACUUGGCAGCCAUACAGGAUGGAGAGAACAUCUUUUACCUGGCUGUGGACGACAUAGAGACGGACACAGAGCUCCUGAUCGGCUACCUGGACAGCGACAUGGAGGAGGAGGAGGAAGAAGAGGAGGAGGAGGACGUCAAAGAUGAAGAUGAAAACAGCAAAGACGCCAAACGUAUCGUUGAAAUGGAACUAGUAAUAAAGAAGGAGGACCACCCCUGCUUGCUGUGUGAGAGCAGUUUUCCCAGUGAGGAGAUCCUGGCCGCCCACCUCCAGAGUCUGCACCAGAGGCCCUGCACGGAGGAGAAGGACUUCAAAUGCAGAAACUGUGGCAAGAAGUUCCCCAUCAAACAGGCUCUGCAGCGCCACGUUUUGCAUUGUUCGGAGUCACUGGAUCCUUCAGGUGACUCCAAAGUGCACCAGUGCUCCCUCUGCCACAACACAUUCAUCUCAGAGUCCAGCUUUGAACAGCAUAAGGAAGCCUGCAAAGGAGACGCCAGGUUCAUCUGUAAAGCAGAGAGCUGCGGCAAAAGAUUCAAGAGCAAGGAUGCUCUGAAGAAGCAUAAAGGAAACGUUCACACAGGAAGUGCACGUCGGAAGCUCACGUGCACCAUAUGCAACAGAAAAUGCUCCUCCUCUCUGAAUCUACAAGAACACAGAAAGGUUCAUGAAAUAUUCGACUGCCACGCGUGUGACAAGAAGUUCAUCUCCACGAAUCAGCUCAAACGCCACAUGAUCACGCACUCGGAGAAGCGACCGUACACCUGUGAGAUCUGUAGUCGCUCCUUCAAGCGUCUGGACCAGGUGACGGCUCAUAAGAUCAUCCACAGCGAGGACAAACCGUACAAAUGUAAGCUGUGUGGGAAAGAGUUCGCUCACCGCAAUGUCUACAAGAAUCACAAGAAGACCCACUCGGAGGAACGACCCUUCCAGUGUGAGGAGUGCAAAGCUCUGUUCCGCACCCCAUUCUCUCUCCAGCGCCACUUACUUAUACACAACAGUGAGAGGACAUUCAAGUGCGACCAGUGUGACAGCACCUUCAAGAGAAAGGACACGCUCAACGUCCACAUCCAGGUGGUGCACGACGGCCAUAAGAAGUACAAGUGUGACCUGUGCGAGAAGGCCUUUGUCACUCCGUCCGUCCUCAAGAGCCACAAGAAGACACACACGGGGGAGAAAGAGAAGAUCUGCCCGUACUGCGGACAGAAGUUCGCCAGCAACGGCACGCUGAGGGUCCACAUCCGCAGCCACACAGGUGAGCGUCCGUAUCAGUGUCCCUACUGUGACAAAGCGUUCAGCAAGAACGACGGCCUGAAGAUGCACAUCCGCACCCACACACGAGAGAAGCCGUAUAAGUGCAGCGAGUGCAACAAGGCCUUCAGCCAGAAAAGAGGACUGGACGAGCACAUGAGGACCCACACAGGAGAGAAACCUUUCCAAUGUGACGUGUGUGACCUGUCGUUCAGCCUGAAGAAGAUGCUCAGCAGGCACAAGCUCACGCACAACCCGAACCGGCCCAUGGCAGAGUGCCAGCUGUGCCAUAAGAAGUUCACCAGGAACGACUACCUCAAAGUACAUAUGGAGAAUGUCCACGGGGAGACGGAGAGCUAGAGCCAAUUAUGGAACCACUGGCUACAUGAAAAUGAUAUCUGAUUCCUCAGAUAAAGUUCGGCCUCAUGCUUCAUGCAGGCAGCAGGGCCUUUACAUGCAGUACUGUAUACACAGAUGGAUAGAUAGCAGGAAUGUUGUUAUUAAAGAUACAUACAUGUAGGAUAUGGGAAACAUUUGGCCGAGUGUUUUGAAAAUUGGAACACAGGAUGUACAUUUGUAUUCUUUCUGUCACACUGUUUAGAUAUUGUUCUGGAUAUCUGAACAUAACAAAAUCCUUCCAGAGCCGCCAAGUUUAAUAUUUCAGUUCUAGUCUCUUGGACCUCUAACCAGUGUUACUGUUCAUACUGUUACAGCCUGACCUCUGACCAACUGUCUGAACACCUUACUGUACGUCUCUGACCAGUCGCCAUGACUAAGAGAACACUUGUGACCAAAGACCUGUUUGUGCACUUUUUUUAAAGGGUAACGCCGCCAUUUUUCCACAUUAAAUUGUGUUAACAGGUCUCGGGGAGUACUAAUGCAUAUGUUUAAAAAGUAGUAUUGAGGCUUUUGUGGCUACAGAGGAAGCUGCAUGUAAUCUACCUCCAGUGAUGUCACUUAGCAGCUAAGUUGCACUGUGGGUAAUGUAGGCAAAGGGUUUUGGAAAUCAGUCCAUUAGUCCAGCAUUGCACUGCUACAACACUGUUGGACUCUUAAGUUACAAACAAAUAACUGAAAUCGAAAGCAGAACCAGAGAUAUCACAUUUUUUCACCCGUUCUCGUGGUGCCUACGUUACCCACAAUGCAGCUUAGCCACUGAGUGACAUCACUAGAGGAAAUGUCUAAAAUUAAAUGUAGUAUUGUCUGGCGCCACAAAAAACUUUAAUGUGUAAUCGUGGCGGAGUUACCCUUUAAGUCUUACCUGCACGUUUUCUACUUGUUUACACCUUUCUCUCACACUUUGCACCUGUUCUUUGAUGUCUUAAUAUUUACACGCUGUCCGGCCUCAGAGCUGACGUCAAAAACCAUGUUGCUUUAUUUAUUUUUUUCAAAAUAAAAGGUAUUGAAACAGGAUGGGUCGAACAGGAGACGCAGAAACGGAGCUCUGAGAACAGAAAUCCGACCGGCAACAAAAUGUGAAACAGCUCACAAGUGGACGCCUUUAUUUACAUGAUAGCCAGAGAGUGUAAACAAACUGUCGUCGGCCUCUCAUGCACCUUCUUCUGAUGUUCUCGGGCCCUCAUUUUUAAAAAGUUAUAAAUGGCCCCGAGAGAAAACUGGCUGGUUGGAUCGAUGUCAUACAAGAGCUCCGUUUCAUAUUUUCUCCUAAUUUGAAGAUCCUGUUGAACCAGCUUUCUGUUUCCAGGUAUAAACUUUAAAACUGUUGGAUUGUCAUUAUGAACUGAAGAUGAAUGAGUUGGUCUCUUUCCCACGGCCCGAUGGUGCUUCAAGUGUUACUGUUGCUACGUCCCAAACUGUAUUAGGGACAAACAGAAAAUCCAAAGUACUGUGUGUGCGUUCGCUCCUCGCCGUGAAUCAUUGUCAUAUGAACGGCCCAGGGUCAUUGUGCCUUACAGUAUGUUUACGUUGUUCUUUAUUAAUCAUUGCUCAAUACAGUAUUUGUAGAAGUGCAGCUCCGUCCCGUUUCAUUCUCGGACUCGUUUGCUUCCUCGAUUACAUUGAUGAAUGCUCAUUUUCCUGCCGUUUGCUCUGCAUCUGUGGACUGUGAAUUGUCACUUCACACGUUUGUAUUUUGAAAUGUAUAAAACCUCAUCACCUACUAAACAUCCAUUUCCUCCACUCCA